GAUGAACUGGAUUUCAUUCACGGCCGAAGAUAGAAGUUAUAAUUACUCCCAUGUGAAUGAAAGGAUACUUGCGUUUUAAAAUUAUUUUGAAGAUGUAUUGGUCUUGAAAGUAAUCUACUUGUGUACCACUAAAAUUUUCAGGCCAUGUGAAAAUGGGUGAUUGGAACUUGCUGGGGAGCAUCUUGGAAGAGGUUCACAUACACUCCACCAUUGUGGGCAAAAUCUGGCUCACAAUCCUUUUCAUCUUCCGCAUGCUUGUGCUUGGAGUCGCUGCGGAAGAUGUCUGGGACGACGAGCAGAGCGAAUUUGUGUGCAACACAGAACAACCUGGUUGCAAGAACGUCUGCUAUGACCAGGCGUUUCCCAUCUCCCUCAUCCGCUACUGGGUCCUACAGAUCAUCUUCGUCUCCUCGCCGUCUUUGGUUUACAUGGGACACGCACUUUACCGACUCCGAGCUCUGGAGAAGGAACGGCACAAGAAGAAAGCUCAGCUAAAGAUGGAGCUGGAGGAAACAGAGGCUGUUUUAGAGGAACAUAAAAGGAUUGAGAAGGAACUUAAAAAGCAUGAAGAGCAGAAGAAAGUGAGGAAGGCUCCUUUGAGGGGUUCCUUACUUCGUACGUACGUGUUGCAUAUCUUGACCAGGUCGGUGGUGGAGGUUGGAUUCAUAGUGGGACAGUACAUGCUGUAUGGUAUCGGACUGGCCCCGUUGUACACGUGCGAGCGCGAACCCUGUCCCAACAGUGUGGAUUGCUUCGUCUCGAGACCGACGGAGAAGAACAUUUUUAUGAUUUUUAUGUUGGUCAUUGGAGGAGUAUCUCUGUUCCUCAACCUCCUGGAGAUAUUCCAUCUUGGCAUCAAAAAGAUCAAGCAGAGUAUCUACGGAUCCAAGUACAAUGGAUACGAUGACAGCAUUUGUAGAUCGAAGAAGAACUCUAUGGUCCAACAGGUUUGUGUCCUUACCAAUUGCUCACCACAAAAACUUGCACACUUGACACUCCCCGUGUCUUUCGCAAAUGUGGCAGAUGGACAGGUGGAAACUUUGCCUCACUACAUGCCAAUGAUCGGUACUCUUUCUAACCAUAAUGGGCAUGACCAGCACUCCGGACAGAACCGACUUCCAAGCCAGCCUGAAUUUCAAGCUCUCCAUCAGCUCGGGUCCAUAGAAUGCCGAUCCACCUUCGAUAACCGUCUACAGUCCUGCAGCAGUGAGGAGUCUGGACCCAAAGGCUCCGGGCAGCCAAAACAUCUGAGUCAGCAGCCCAGAGCUUCACUUAGGGCCAGUCAUAUAGAGAUACCUGCCGCCUUAAGGAACGCCCUGCGUAAACAGAGUCGGGUCAGCCAGUGUAAAGACUUCAGCGAGGAGAGCGAUUCCUCAGACAGUGGAAACAUCCCCAGUGGCAGAAAAGCCAGCUUUAUGUCCCGGGAGCUUUCAGAGAGUUCAUCGGACAGUCCAAGUUCCAAGAACGGAUCAGAUGCAGAAGCCAGCCGUCUAGCUCAGGGGGAGAGUCCUCCUAUGACACCACCUCCAGCCAGCGGUCGACGAAUGUCAAUGAGCAUGAUUCUGGAACUCUCUUCGAUUAUGAAGAAGUGAAAAUCAGAAGAUCUUUAAAGAAUCGACUAUCUGCUCAGUGGGUAGCAAUGAGGCUUUAACUGCUUUUUAUUCUCCUGGCUUUGUUUUUAUUGACGAAAUCCAAAAUUACUGAAAGAAUAUUGUGGUUUCAUAGUAGCAAUGACAACUUGUUUUAUCUAGCUUAUCCUUAAUACACACUUUAAAAACAUUGAUUUUCAACAUAAUUCUUA